AUGAGGCCAGGACCCCUUCUCUCCAUCGAGCCGACAUGGUGGGUGGAGGACACCUGGACGCCUAGGGACCUCCCCCAGCCUCUGCUGCAGCAGCCCCACACCCAGGAGCCCACUGCUCAGCAGCCCCAGGCAGCCCCAUCGCUGCCCCAGUCAGACUUCCAGCUCCUCGCGGCCCAGGGCUCAUCUUUGACCAGCUUCUUCCCAGAUGUGAGCUUUGAGCAGCAGUCCAUGAGGCCAGGCCCAGCCUUUACUCAGCAGGUGUCCCUGGUGCAACAGGGUCCCCGAGGACCACAGGACUCCUUUCAUUUGAGACCAAACCUGUAUUCCAACUGCGGGAAUUUCCCAAACACCAUCCUGACAGAAAACUCGAGCACCAGCCUGUUCAAAGACCUCGACAGUGCUCUGGCAGGCAUGCCCGAGGUCAGCCUAAACGUGGACACUCCGUUUCCAUUGCAAGAAGAGCUCCAGAUCGAACCCCUGAGCCUGGACGGACUCAGCAUGUUAAGUGAUUCCAGCCCGGGCCUGCUCGACCUCUCUACUGAAGAGACGUUUCGAGCUGACCGACUGUGCAGAAGGGAACGGAACAGGAGGACUUAUUUCUGAAACAGCUAAAACAGAACGGAA